GACUCCAAUACCCCAGCCCAUCCUUCCCAUUCCCCUCUUCGUUCCUGAUAGUAGUUGACUGACGGCUGUGCAUCAUGCAUAUCCGUCCUGCAGUUAUGGGGGCACCAAAUCGGCCAAGUUCACAUGCACCUAAAUCCUUCACUUGCAGUCGCGUUAUUUUUGUCCCCAUUUUCUCAUUUUGGCUUCGUAUGACCUCGACGUUCUAUCUGUUCUGCAGGUACCGUCAGGUCCGCAAACUGUGGCCAAGUAGAGAUCCCUCAUUUGUUCUUUGCCCAGAGUGGAUGUAAAAUUUGCCGGGUCUCUGAUCUGAUAGCAGUCUGAUCGGCCCCCCCACGUACAACUCGAGGCACACUUGACCCCUGUGAGAAUUUGGUCAAGAUGCAAGAUGCCGCUCAGCCUCUGUCGUACCAAUAGUACCAACAAGACCCCAAAGCGCCGCAAUGAUAUGUCAUCUGAAGCUUUCCCAAUUUAUGUUUUGUUGUUUCAUUUCUUCAUUCAAUAAGGUAUCGCUAUUCGCCAUUCGUUUAUUGGGUUGGAAGCCCUUUGUCUCAAUGCGCAUUCAUAAUGUAUGUCUCGAUAGUGUUCACUAUCGGAUCGUUGGCUCUCCUUCAAGUAGUCACAUCGCACAGUCUUUCCAGUAAUAGAGGUUAAAAGUCUCCAUGUUCUCUUGUUUUCAUUAUACUGAUAGAUGGACAGCAGUACUAGUUGCGCAGAGGGAGCUCAACUCUACUAUAACAGUAUCGGAAUCUGAAAGCCGGACGGCGAAUCUGCCGCCAUGUACAACAACCGUCACUUCAAUUUUGGGCGAAAAAUUUACAGCCCAGGCGGGGUCGUGUAGUCAUACAUUUACUGUCACGUCAACAAUUCAACCAAUCGAAUCGAAAACGCAUACGACAGCAUCAGAAACGACAUCUUCGAUAGAAUCGACGAGGAAGUCAAGUCUGACUCAAUCAGCUGGCGCGACGCCGCCAACCAGUUUAGAAUCUAUCAGCCUCACCUCGUCCAGUACCAAAGUCGAGGAGACUCCAGCACAAAGCCCUACACCAUCCUCGCCCACUAGUUCAACUAAAGUUGAUUGUGUUGCGACAGUGACUUCGAUUCUAGGGGAGUUUUUGGUUCUGGGAACGGGUUCCUGUAGUCAAACAGUUACAAUCGUCAGCACAGUGAAGGGAACUUCCAUCCUGGUGUCAACAAGUAGCACAAGCCGGACAACAGUUUCAACUUCUAGUGCUAGGGAAACACAGCUCUCCAUUUCUAUUUCCCCAACAAGUUCAAGUCCUUUCACUCCAACGGUUGUGAGCACUUCUUCGAUAUCCAAUCCAUCACCUGAGCCCUGUACAGCAACCAUAACUUCAACUCUGGGCACGCCGUUUUUGCCGUUCCAAGGACUGUGUUCUCAUACUGUUACUGUUGUAACAUCUCCAGUUCAAGUGUCUCCGCCGCAAGCACCUUCAACAUCAGAAGAGCAACCGCCUGUUCCCAUCAACACAAGUGUUGAUCUUGGUACGUCAACUUCAGCAACAAUCUCGACCAGCACGACACUUGCUCCAGUCCCUCCACAACAACAAACCGAGUCCAGUGGUCCAAAUGUUGGCCCCGUGAACACAUCUUCAAGCACAACGCUCAUCAUAACGACCACUACAGAACAAUAUCCCCCACCGGCACCUGAAACAUCCACGUCUCUCGCUCCCACUGCUGCAAUAUCAGCUCCUACAAGUCAGAUUCCCCAGUUGCCGAACUCGCCCUCCACAAGUCUUCUAGAAGGGCCAGUUGGGACAACCUCCUCGCCGCUUGUUUCUGCAACGACGAUCCACGAUACACAAGUACCUCUACCUUCGUCUUCCAUAGAGCCCGCCCCUCCUGGCUGUCCUACGGAAUGCGCUGAGCCACAACCGACAAAUCAGCCUAUAUCAGUUUCAAGUGUCUCGUCAGUUGUACCGAUCCAAACCUCAAUUGCAACAGAAAGCCAGGUUGUAUCCCCGACUUCCGAGCAAGGACCUACCACGACGCAAUUAAAUGGCAUUACAAGCUCAGAAGAAGUUUCGACACACCUUACGACACCUUCUCCUUCCAUUCCUACCAUCACCAACACUCCAACUCCAGGACCCAUUAUCAUUGGAUCUCAGACUAUAAGCCAAGAUACAGCAUCGAACUUCAUCUUCGACUCACAAACCUUAGUUCCUGGCUCCGCAAUAACAGUGAACGGACAGCAAGUCUCGGCUGCCUCAGGAGGAGCAAUAAUUCUUAAUCCAGCACCCCCAAAAGCUACACCCUCCUCUUCAGGCGAAAGUAGCACCGGUCCCGCACCAGCAAUAGUCGUAGUUGACGGGACAAGCAUCACCGGAAAUACAGCUUCUGGAUUCGUUAUCGGCACGCAGACUUUGUUCCCCGGAAGUGCCAUCACAGCUAGCGGUCAAGUCAUAACAUUGCCUUUACCAAAUCCAACUCCUGCCCCCGUGCCAACACAAACUCAAGGUCCGGACACCAUUCCUGUAAUUCUUAUUGGGUCCUCGACUUUCACACAAAACUCAGCGUCUGCUUUCAUAAUCGGAAGUCAAACGCUUUCGCCUGGCUCGGCUGUGACUAUCUCUGGGCAGGUGAUCUCGCUUUCACCUACGGGAAAUGCAGUCAUUGUCAAUGGUGCCACGGCAACGCCAAGUCGAACAACUUUCUCAACCGAGAUCCAAGCGCCUAUUACUAGCUUGGUGGUUGCCGGACAGACUUUGACGGCUGGCGGGCGGGUCACUGUGGGCGGCGACGUCUUGAGUCUUUCGGGUGGAACUAUCAAAAUUAUCGGAACAGUCACUGUCGGUGGUGGAGAUGCGACUUUCACCGCAACGCCAACGGGAAAGAAGAAGAGCGCGGGUGUGAGAGUAGAGAGCAGCUCCUUGGUGUACAUGACAGUACAGAUAUCUGUUAUGCUCGGUUUGGGAGCGCUGGGGCUUUUCUAAUAAGUAGGCGUGUACAGACGCUUCAUUGUGCAUUGCAUGGGGAACGAGGAACGGAGUCAUGGCAUACAUUUGGGGUUUGCACGUAUAGACGACGAUGUACUAUUACUCAACCUAAUAUUCUGUAUAUACUUUUACAAUCCAGUACAAUAAUUCAAGGUCCAAUCAUA